AUGGCGAGAACGCGCUCCAAGCGAACCAUCGAGAACGCCGAUCCUGGAGCCAGCGAGGGGUCCCAGCGAAAGGAGACCGAGGAUGCUCGGGACGCUGGGGGCUCAGCCCUUUCAGGGGAACGGAGGCAGCAGAUCCUCCAGUUCGUGACGGAGAACCUCCCCAUGUUGGAAGACAUGAUUUUGCGACCGCAAUUGUACGAGAACAAUUACACAGUCUCGCCGUUUACCCGGGGGAUAGAGGACUACCCGCUACCCCGAAAAUUCAAGAUCCCGAACAUCGAGUUAUACGACGCCUCGACCGACCCGGAGGACCACCUCUCGGUUUUCCUUACUCACAUGCGUCUACAAACAGCUGCGGAUGAGAUUCGUUGCAAGACCUUCCCCAUGUUCCUGAAGGGGAGGGCCCGACUCUGGUUCAAGGGUCUGGCACCAGGAUCCAUCCGAAAUUUUCCCGAACUGGUCAGGCAGUUCGUCGCCCAGUUCGUCUCUUCGAAAACUUACUCGAAAAACGCGGCUCAUCUGAUGGCAAUCAGGCAGAAGCCAGAUGAGUCCCUGAGGAAUUUCAUGGCCCGCUUCAACACGGAGAGCCUGCAGAUCAGGGACAAGGAUGAAAAGGUGGUAAUGGCCGCCUUCAUGAACGGGCUCUGGGCAGAGGAGCUCUUCUACAAACUGGCCGAGAAACCUCCCGGAGAUCUGGAGGAGUUCUUGACCAGGGCGCACGCCGCUGCUAACGCAGAGGAGGCGGCACGCCUGAAGAGCGAGUCGGAUCGGGAGUUCGGAGAUCGUAGGGGACGGGGAAACCCUCCCGAGAACAAGGCCGACCCGGCCAAGAAGAAGGUUUUUGACCGACUCUCAAAGGAGAAAGCCCCCGCUCAACCACCGCCUCCGGAAAAAAGGGUACACUUCCCAGACUCGACUUAG